AUGUUGUGAUUAUCACGUGGCCAACUUGGAAGCAAAUGACUUAGCUUAGUCAUUGUUUUGGAAACGUGGCCAAUUUGGAGAGGAAGAAAAUGACUUAGUCAUUGUUUCUACGUGGUGAUCAAAGAGAAAUGAUGGGGCAGCUGUCACAAACCUAUUUACCUGGUUCCACUAUAAAAGGAAGACCAGCCCCUCCAUUUCUUCAUCAUUUUUGAACGUGACCAGAGAGAAGAAAAGAGAGCAAGAAGAGAAAAGAAAUAAAAAGAAAAAGAAAGAAAAAGAGAGAUAAAGAAAAAUAAGAAAAUAGUUUUAGAGAAUUAAGAGAAGCAAAGAUUGCGGGAUUAUCGAUAUAGAAUUAAGACGAAGAUUUGGAGUGAAUAAAAAAGGUUUGGUCAGUUUCUGGAAUCAAAGAGUCAAGCCGCAUCGAUUAAUCACUGUAACCAGUAGUAAAGACCAUAGCGCUCGCGGAACUGUAGGAGCUGGUGUAGAUUGGACAUCUUUUGCUAAAGACUCGUUUCAAGAAAUAUGAAUAGAAUUCUAUGGCUUCUCCUAUUACAAUCAUAUGUUUUGACUAUGGAGGAAGUUACAUCAAGGAUGGGGCUGAGAUUAAGUGGAUCUCCGGAGAAGAUCAAAUCCACACUCUAGUGAUGAAAACAUAUGUGGAAGAGGUUACAUAUUCUGAACUGGUCAAGUGUAUAUGCAGAAAGAUUAAGGCAAAUGUAGAUGGGAUGGUGAAGAUUAGUUACUUUCCAUUGAUAUUUUAUUCAAACAAGCCAUCAUAUAUUUGGUGUGAUGAAGACGUUUUGGGUUAUCUCAUGCAAGUAAAUCAUGAUAAAUGUAGAAGUGUUUUAUAUAUGGAGAUCAGCAGUGACAUGGAUGCUACAUAUGGUGGUAUGCCGCUUUCAGGAGAUGAUGGAACUGAUGAAAGCUAUGUUGGUCAAUCUGAUGGUGAGGAUACAUAUAUUGAGGAAGAUGAGACUGAUGAAGAUGAGUCUGAGGAAGAUGAGACUGAGCAAGAUGGAGAUGAGCAAGAUGGAACAGAUCAGGAUCAUGAGAUGGAUGGCAUGGUCACGCUUUACACAGCUGAACAACACGAAGACUUUGAGUUGCAUGAGAAUUUAGAGCAUGGGUAUGAAGGAACAGAAGUCAGAAUAGAAGUUGAAGCUGCAAGAGCGGGAGUUGAAGCCACAACAGUAGUAAAAGAAGAAUGGGAUGAUGGUCUCAAUUUGGUUAAGAGUCAAGAAUUCAGAACUAAGACAGCCAUGCAAGUUCUAGUUCAGAGGGGUGCGCUUAAGAAUGGUUUUGAGUAUGACACACUUAAGUCCGAUACUGGGAGAUUUGUGGCAAGAUGUCGAGGAGCCAAAUAAGGUUGCUAGUGGUAUUUGCGUGUAGCAAAGCUUAAGAAUUCAUAUCUUUGGACGGUUAUAACUUACAUCAAGUCUCAUACAUGCUCAGUGGUAACUACAAGUACCCUUAGAAAUAGAAGGAGAGGCACAUCACAUGUUGUUGCAUCUGUUUUGGGUGAAGAAUAUCCCGGUAGAUAUGACACACCAACACCAGCUGAUUUGAUCAGUAUGGUUAUACACAAGGUUGGUGUUGAUGUAUCAUAUGCCACAGCAUGGAGAGGAAAAAGGAUGGCUGGUAAUGAAGUGCAAGGUACUCCGGAAGAGAGUUUUUCUUUGAUACACUCCUAUAUGCACAUGCUUAAGUUGAAGAAUCCUAACUCGGUAAGUUAUGUUGAAGUGGAUGCGGCGAAAAGAUUUAAGUAUCUAUUUUUCGCAUUUGGAGCUUCCAUAGAGGGGUUCGUAACGAUGAGGAAAGUUAUCAUUGUGGAUGGAACACAUCUUAAGCAUGUUUAUGGUGGAGUUCUGCUUGUUGCGACGGCUCAAGAUCCUGAUCGUCACCAUUACCCUAUUGCAUUUGGUGUAGUUGAUGGUGAGAAAGAUGAAAGCUGGAUGUGGUUUAUGAAUAAUUUGAGGUCAGUGAUAUCAGAUGUAGACGGAUUGGUGUUUCUUUCGGAUAGAAAUGGGAGCUUGAUCAAGUCAAUACGUGAGGUGUUCCCAACGGCCGCACAUGGGUAUUGUAUCUGGCAUUUGUCUCAAAAUGUCAAAGGACAUGUAUUCAACAACAGAGACGUUUGUGCAAUCAAGUUUAGAGAAUGCACAUAUGCUUAUACAGUGGCUGAGUUCGAUGUUCUCUAUGCUGAUAUUUCUAGAAAGUAUCCUUCUGCUGCCGAGUAUCUGGAAAAGAGUGUUAAAGUGGGAAAAUGGGCAAGAUGUUACUUUGAAGGAGACAGAUACAAUGUUGACACGACCAAUGCAGCAGAAUCUAUCAAUGGUGUUCUUCGGGAAGCGAGGAAAUAAUUCAUGCUACUGAUGAUUGAUGUUAUCAUUAAGAAAAUGGCUGAAUGGUUUAACAAACAUAUGAAGAAGGCAGCCCAAAUACAAGCCACGAAGAAGCUUGUGCCUACAGUAGAAACCCAGUUGUCAAAAGAUGUUUGAAAGCGAGGUGUUUAGAUGUGGUUGAGAUAAACAGCUUUCACCUUGAGUACAAUGUCAAUGGUAGUGACGGAAAGGUUUAUACGGUUGAUUUGGCAAGAAAAAUGUGCAGCUGUGGGUGCUUUGAUAUAGACAAAAUCCCGUGUGUUCAUACAUGUGCUGCUGCCAAGUUCUUGAGCGAUGGAACGGACCUCCAUCUACAAGACUUUUGUUCGGUAUACUAUACGGUGGAGCUUUGGGCGUUGGCAUACUGUAGUAUGAUUUAUCAUAUGCCACAUCAGUCUGAAUGGUUUAUUCCAUAUGAAAUUAGAGCACUCAAAGUUCUUCCUCCAUUAUAUGAAAAAACAAGGACCCACUCAAAAGCAAAAGUUUCUAUCAUCCGGAGAAUCUCGUGAACAUGGAAGAGGGCGAGGAAGAGGAAGGGGAAGAGGAAGGGGAAGGAGCAAAGGAAGGAGAGGGAGACGUUUGUAUGAGUAUUUUGAGUGUGGAAGUACUUCUGCAACUGCCGAGUAGCAUGGGACUCUUGUGAUUUGAACUAUGUGUAAUAUGUGUAAUCUGAACUAUUAGGAACUCUGGAACUACUAUGUGUAAUGUGAACUACUAGUACUGCUAGAACUACUAUGUGUAAUGUGGACUACUAGGAACUACUUUGUACUACCCUGAACUACAAAAAACUACUCUGUAUUACUAUUUCUUAUGCAUGUUUCUAAGAACCUUAAUUUUCUUCUUAUUAUUUAUUUGUAAAAGAUGUAUCUCGUAUAUUACGUGAUUAUAUGUCCAUGCAUGUCUUUAUUUGUCAAAAUAGACAUAAAAUACUCUUAAAAUUUCAAGUUGUUAGAAAUUUUCUCAU